AUGGUAACAUUCCUAGCUACUCCUAGGAAUGUGACAUUCCCAGCUACUAAAAGGAAUGUAACAUUCCUAGCUACUCCUAGGAAUGUAAAAUUCCUAGAUACUCCUAGGAAUGUAGCAUUCCCAGCUACUCCUAGGAAUGUAACAUUCCUAGCUACUCCUAGGAAUGUAACAUUCCUAGCUACUCCUAGGAAUGUAACAUUCCCAGCUACUCCAAGGAAUGUAACAUUCCCAGCUACUCCUAGGAAUGUAACAUUCCCAGCUACUCCAAGGAAUGUAACAUUCCUAGCUACUCCUAGGAAUGAAACAUUCCCAGCUGCUCCAAGGAAUGUAACAUUCCCAGCUACUCCUAGGAAUGUAACAUUCCUAGCUGCUCCAAGGAAUGUAACAUUCCCAGCUACUCCUAGGAAUGUAACAUUCCCAGCUACUCCUAGGAAUGUAACAUUCCUACCUAUUACUAGGAAUGUAACAUUCCCGGCUACUCCUAGGAAUGUAACAUUCCUAGCUGCUCCAAGGAAUGUAACAUUCCCAGCUACUCCUAGGAAUGUAACAUUCCUAGCUACUUCUACUAAUGUAAAAACCAUUCCCACUACUCCUAGGAAAGUAGCAUUCCUAGCUACUCCAAGGAAUGUAACAUUCCUAGCUACUCCUAGGAAUGUAACAUUCCCAGCUACUCCUAGGAAUGUAACAUUCCUAGCUACUCCUAGGAAUGCAACAUUCCCGGCUACUCCUAGGAAUGAAACAUUCAUAGCUACUCCUAGGAAUGUAACAUUCCCAGCUACUCCUAGGAAUAUAACAUUCCCAGCUACUCCUAGAAAUGUAACAUUCCCAGCUACUCCAAGCAAUGUAACAUUCCUAGCUACUCCUAGGAAUGUAACAUUCCCAGCUACUCCUAGGAAUGUAACAUUCCCAGCUACUCCUAGGAAUGUAACAUUCCCAGCUACUCCUAGGAAUGUAACAUUCCUAGCUACUCCAAGCAAUGUAACAUUCCUAGCUACUCCUAGGAAUGUAACAUUCCCAGCUACUCCUAGGAAUGCAACAUUCCCAGCUACUCCUAGGAAUGUAGCAUUCCCAGCUACUCCAAGCAAUGCAACAUUCCUAGCUACUCCUAGGAAUGUAACAUUCCCAGCUACUCCUAGGAAUGUAACAUUCCCAGCUACUCCUAGGAAUGUAACAUUCCCAGCUACUCCAAGCAAUGUAACAUUCCUAGUUACUCCUAGGAAUGUAACAUUCCCAGCUACUCCUAGGAAUGUAACAUUCCCAGCUAUCCUGAUGGUAACAUUCCCCAGCUAA